GCAAGGCAUUGUGGGGAGCUCUAGCUUACGAGUGAGGUGGUUGGAAGCGAGGUGGGGGUGGCCGUUUGUUUUCUCGUAGUCUCGAACUCGCGCGCUCUCUUCCCCUCCCCCCGGUGUGCGGCUGGGCGGAGAAACGGCGGCGGCGGCGGCAGUGGCUGUAGCUGUAGCAGUAGCAUCGGACAACCUCCUUUCCUCUCCCGCGAACUGGUUCCUCUUCCCCCUCCCUCUCACUGUUUGUUGUGUGUUUGAUGUGUUAAAGCAGGAGCGAGAACGCGAGCAGCGCCAUGAGCAACACUACCGUCGUCCCCAGCACUGCGGGCCCAGGCCCCAGCGGCGGGCCCGGUGGCGGAGGUGGUGGCGGCGGAGGCGGCGGCACCGAGGUAAUCCAGGUGACUAAUGUCUCCCCGAGCGCUAGCUCUGAGCAGAUGCGGACUCUCUUCGGUUUCCUAGGCAAGAUCGACGAACUGCGCCUCUUCCCGCCGGAUGAUUCACCUUUGCCGGUCUCAUCUCGUGUCUGCUUUGUUAAGUUCCAUGAUCCGGACUCGGCAGUUGUGGCACAGCAUCUGACAAACACUGUAUUCGUUGACAGAGCUUUGAUAGUCGUACCAUAUGCAGAAGGAGUUAUUCCUGAUGAGACUAAGGCUUUGUCUCUGUUGGCACCAGCUAAUGCAGUGGCAGGUCUUCUGCCUGGUGGUGGACUCCUGCCUACUCCUAACCCACUUACUCAGAUUGGCGCUGUUCCAUUGGCUGCUUUGGGGGCUCCUACUCUUGAUCCUGCCCUUGCUGCACUUGGGCUUCCGGGAGCAAACUUGAACUCUCAGUCUCUUGCCGCAGAUCAGUUGCUGAAGCUUAUGAGUACUGUUGAUCCCAAGUUGAAUCAUGUAGCUGCUGGUCUUGUUUCACCAAAUUUAAAGUCAGAUACCUCUAGUAAAGAAAUAGAGGAAGCUAUGAAAAGAGUACGAGAAGCACAGUCCCUAAUUUCUGCUGCUAUAGAACCAGGUAAUAUAUGUUUCCUUUUUACAUUUAUACGCACAUACUGGCUUCCUUUUACAUUUAUUAGGCGGUCAAGAAGCAGAUCGAGGAGGCGAUCACAUUCUAAAUCAAGGAGUAGGCGACGAUCCAAAAGUCCAAGACGGAGAAGAUCUCAUUCCAGAGAGAGAGGUAGAAGGUCAAGGAGCACAUCAAAAACCAGAGACAAAAAGAAAGAAGACAAAGAAAAGAAACGUUCCAAAACACCACCAAAAAGUUAUAGCACAGCCAGACGCUCUAGAAGUGCAAGCAGAGAGAGACGGCGACGAAGAAGCAGGAGUGGAACAAGAUCUCCUAAAAAGCCUCGGUCUCCUAAAAGAAAAUUGUCUCGCUCACCAUCCCCUAGGAGACAUAAAAAGGAGAAGAAGAAAGAUAAAGACAAAGAAAGAAGUAGAGAUGAAAGAGAACGAUCAACAAGCAAGAAGAAGAGGAGUAAAGAUAAGGAAAAGGACCGGGAAAGAAAAUCAGAGAGUGAUAAAGAUGUAAAAGUUACACGGGAUUACGAUGAAGAGGAACAGGGGUAUGACAGCGAGAAAGAGAAAAAAGAAGAGAAGAAACCAAUAGAAGCAGGUUCCCCUAAAAUAAAGGAAUGUUCUGUGGAAAAGGGAACUGGUGAUUCACUAAGAGAAUCCAAAGUGAAUGGGGAUGAUCAUCAUGAAGAAGACAUGGAUAUGAGUGACUGAAUAUUGCCUCUGUGGGAAUCCAGCUGUGUUACACAUGCAUCAGUGUCAUUCCUUUGUGUGAUUUAUUAAUGCUGUAUUUGUUCAUCUCAAACCUAGAUGUAUACAGCUCUGAGUUAUAAAUGGUUAUAAAGCUCCUGAUAUUGAUAUUAGUUAUUUACAUCAAAAAGCUUUUAAGAAAUGGUACAGGGGUAACCAGUUCUUGACACAGUGAAAUCUGAUUGAGUAACCAAGCAGUUUUACUAUUCUGGUACUGCUUCUUAACAAAAAUGAAAAGCUGCAUGCAUCUACAGCAGGCAUGGAUUGUUUAUGUUGUAUGAUCUCCUUUAUUAAGUAAGUUCACUUAUAGUAUUUCUAGAAUCUGAUUCAUUGCCGUAAUAGAGCCAUGUAGGGAAUGCACUGAUUGCAUGUUAUUGUGGCAAGAAUAUCCUAAAUGUCAUUAAAAUCCUCCAACAUGAUGGAUCUACUUAUGGUCUUGUUUGUUGACAUGACAAAUUAACAUUCUUAUAUUUACAUCUGGAAAUGAGCAUUUGAAAUAGAUAAUCCUUUAAGCCUUGUGGCUAAAUUUUUGUGGCUUUUGUUUAACUUUGAAAGGUUAUAUAUGCACUAACCUUUUUUGAUGGCUAAUUAGGCUUUAAUUACAGAAACAUGAUUUCAAAUAAAACUGUCUUUGGCAGUGAGUAAAUAGCAUAUUUUGAAGUAGAGUUGUAUACUUUUUCAUAAGGUGUUUGGGAAUUUUUUUUCCUGAAAUAAUAAUUUAUUCCAUAUUUACAUCAGUGAAAACUAUCUGCCUAUCCUGAGUACAUCUGUUAAAAAAAAAAAAGUUAUCUCUUGUCCUGAUUUUCAGUUUUCACCCUUUCAUUAAUUUGUUUUAAGCUCAGUGUUGGAAAAAGGGGGUAGUGCAUUUUAAAUUGACCUUCAUAUGCUUUUAAAAUAAGACAAAUCUACUUGAUAAUGUACCUUUUAUUUGAUCUCAAAUUGUAUAAAACCAAUAAAUUUGUGUUAUUAUUACUGCAGUAGUAAUCUUAUGCACACGGUGAUUUCAUGUUAUAUGCAAAGUAGUUAAGCAACUGUUUUCUUAGUUAAGGAGUUUCAGGCUUCACUUUUGUUAAGUAAAAACAAAAGUAGGCUACAGUCUGUGCCAUGUUGAUGUACAGUUUCUGAAAUUGUUUUACAAGACUUUGAUAAUAAAACCCUUAAACUUAUGUUCAUGUUCCUGUAAAA